AUGGACGUAACGACAAUAGUUCUAAAUAAGGAUCACCAACCGAAACUAACUUCGCUCGUGGAAGUCAUAGAAGCCGAGGGAGGUACUGCAGGUGGAAGUGGACCAUCUCAAGUUAGGAGCCAGAAGCUUCUAUUAGAAUGUGGUCUAGUCAGACCAACAGGUUCUGGUCUGUUCACUUUACUGCCUCUAGCUCGGAGAGUUAUUAACAAACUUGAGGCUCUUGUCAUCCGCUGUAUAGAGGAAGCUGGUGCACAGAGAAUGUCACUGCCUUCGCUGACGGCGGCAAGGCUGUGGGAAAGGACUGGAAGGUUGCAGGAUGUGGGGGCGGAAUUAUUGAAGGUUGAAGAUCGGCAUGGGAAGAAAUACAUCUUGUCACCAACGCACGAAGAAGCUGUGGCAGAUCUGCUGGCAGAUGUUGGACCACUCUCCUAUAAACAAUUACCUCUAUUGCUCUAUCAAAUCGGUAACAAAUACAGAGAUGAACCGCGGCCAAAGCAUGGCUUGCUCCGGUCUAGGGAAUUUUCUAUGCUAGACGCAUAUGGUGCGCAUCCCUCGCCUGAAUGUGCGAGGGAAACAUACGAGAGGGUAACUAAUGCCUAUAGGAAACUGUUCCAGACCCUUGAGUUGCCGAUUUACAGGGUGGCGGCUCCUAGUGGGACUAUGGGUGGGUCUCUAUCCCACGAGUGGCAGUUGCUCGCCGACGCUGGGGAGGAUACACUGGAACUGUGUCCUGAAUGUAACUCUGCGAUGCGCUCUGAAGAAGAUUCCUCUAAAAAGUGCGCGCGAUGUGCGAGCGAGACGCAACUAGUCAAUAGUAUCGAGGUGGGACACACGUUCGUCCUGGGCGCGCGCUACAGCGAGCCGCUACGCGCGCACUACGCCGCCGUAGACGCCGCCUCUACGCCGCUACACAUGUCCUGCUACGGCAUCGGCAUCACAAGAUUGCUCGCAGCAAGUGUGGAAGCCCUGGCUAAUGAUAAGGCCUUGAGAUGGCCUGAAGCCAUAGCUCCCUACCGCGUCCUCAUAAUAGGACCUAAGGAGGGUUCGAAAGAGUGGGCGGUCCACGGUUGGGAAGAGGUCCAAGGUUUGGGCGAGGAGUUGGAGAGGGAAGCCGGGCUACAUUCAGACGUUGUACUGGACGAUCGACACACUCACACUAUUGGCAGGAGGAUGAAAGCUGCUGACAGAAUGGGCUACCCUAUAAUUGUAGUUUGCGGACGCUCCACCACCGAGCAGCCGCCUCGGUAUGAAUUGUACCGAAGCAAACGCGUUGGGUACUCCGCGCCCGAGCUCCUAACUCGAUCCGAACUUCUGGUCACUAUUGCCACCAUGGCCAAAGUGGAUGUAAACGGUGAGGCAGUCUGUGCUGCUGACUCGAGCUGA